AUGCAGGUCCUGCCUUCAGCUGUCAACGAGUCGCUGAAGGCUUCCAUUGCGCCGAAGCCAGGCAGUGGUGAUGUUUCCGUCAGUCCUGCCCAACAGUCGCAUACAGUGGAGCCAGACGCGGAAGGCACGCCACGACCGUCCUCUCCAUCGGGGACGACCUGCAAGGACCUCUAUGCCAUUGUCUCCCAAGUUGGCGAAGGCACAUUCGGCAAGGUUUAUAAGGCUCGCAAUGUCAUCACCAAUGUCCACGUGGCGCUCAAGCGAAUCCGCAUGGAAGCAGAAAAAGAUGGCUUUCCAGUUACUGCCAUGCGAGAAAUCAAACUACUGCAGUCCUUACGACAUCAGAACGUCGUCCGCCUUUACGAGAUGAUGGUAUCAAAUGGAUCUGUGUACAUGGUGUUCGAGUACAUGGACCAUGACCUCACAGGGGUUUUAUCUCAGACGCAGUUCUCAUUUUCGCAGGCCAAUCUGAAGUCACUGUGCAGCCAAAUGCUUGCUGGCCUGGCAUAUCUGCACCGCAAAGGCGUCAUCCACCGUGAUAUCAAGGGUUCCAACAUUCUUAUCAAUAACCGAGGGGAGCUGAAACUAGCCGACUUUGGUCUGGCGCGCUUUUACCAGAAACGCCGGCGAAGUGAUUAUACAAAUCGUGUCAUCACUUUAUGGUAUCGACCGCCAGAGUUGCUCUUCGGUGCUACGGUAUAUGGGCCGGAAGUUGAUAUGUGGAGUGCAGGCUGCAUCAUGCUAGAGCUUUUCACCAAGAAACCUGUGUUUCAGGGCAAUGAUGAAAUCCAUCAGUUGGACGUGAUCUACCGUAUUCUUGGAACUCCGUCUACUGAGCGAUGGCAAGGGCUCACCGCACUGCCAUGGUAUGAGCUGGUGAAGCCGAAAGAUGUGAUUCAUGGUCAUUUCCGCGAGCUAUUCUCUCGAUGGUUAUCGCCCGCAGCCCUCGACCUAGCUGAGCGGCUUCUUGCUUAUGAUCCGACGCAGAGAGUUACUGCCCUUGAGGCUCUUGAAGCUCCCUACUUCAAGGAAGAGCAACCUCCACCUGAAUUGCCUGUUGACCUGUCCACUUUAGAAGGUGAAUGGCAUGAGCUAGAGACCAAACGGGAGCGAGCCAAGAAGCGUCGCAAAUUGGAAAACGGGCUCGUAUAA